AUGGUGCUCUCGCUCCGGCCGCGGCAGCGCCACGCGGUGAUAGAGCUGCUCAACUUGACGAAGAAUUCAAACAAAUCAUCGAUCGCGGCUUCGUUCGGCGCCAACGCCGACGCGGACGCGGACGAAGCGAACAACUACAAGCUUCUGAUCCUAGACGCGUUUACGCACGACGUCAUCGCGCCUCUGGUGACGGUGAAGGACCUGCGCGAUCACGGGGUGACGCUGCACCUGCGGCUGCGACAGGAGCGCGAGCAGAUACCAGACGUGCCGGCGGUGUACUUUGUCUCGCCCACGCCCGAGAACGUCAAGGCGAUCUCGGGUGAUUUUGCAAACUCUCUGUACGAUGCGUAUCACCUGAACUUCGCGAGCGCGCUGCCGGCGAGCGCGUUGGAGGAAUUGGCGACGAGCGCGGUGCGCGGCGGCGUGGACGGACGAGUCAAGUGCGUGCGAGAUCAGUACUUGGGGUAUGUGUCGUUGGAGGAUGACUUGUUUGACCUCGCGAUUGAUGAUGGAUAUCGGUUGUUGCACGAUCCGCGCGUGGCGGAGAAGGAUGUAGAGCGAUUGAUCGCGAACGUGACGACGGGCUUGUUUAGCGCGUGCGUCACGCUCGGGCAAGUGCCGGUGAUUCGAUCGCAGCGCGGUGGCGCUGCUGAGAUGGUGGCGAAAGAGUUGGAAUCGCGAAUUAGAGAUGCUUUGGCGCAGAGAGACAAUCCCUUCGAGGGCGGACUUCGCGCGCAGUACGGCGGGAGCUCGGUGCAGCGACCGUUGUUGUGCCUGUUUGAUCGAAAUUUUGACUUGACGGCAAUGUUGCAGCACGCUUGGACGUAUCAGCCCCUCGUGCACGACGUUUUGCGAAUGCGCUUGAACCGCGUGGACGUCGAUGCCGACGCCCCGACCGGGGUCACCACCGGUGCCAAGCCUAAAAGUUACACGUUGGAGCACAGCGAUCCGUUUUGGGCGGAAAACGCUAGCGCGCAGUUUCCGAAGGUUGCCGAGGAAGUCGAGGCAGAGCUGGCGAAGUAUAAAGAGGCGAUCAAGCGUGUGAAUGCACAAGCUGCGAUGGCCGACGGCGACGCUGAUGCACUGGGGAAUAGCACGGCGAAGCUCGCGGACGCGGUGCAGUCGCUCCCCGAGCUUCAAGAGAAGAAGCGCGUCAUCGACAAGCACACCAACAUCGCCACCGCCUUGCUUGGAAGCAUCAAGCAACGUGGAUUAGAUGAGUAUUACGCCAUAGAAGAAGAUUUGCUCGUCGGUAAAGGUGAUAGGCCGUCGGUGAUGAGUCUAUUGCAAGCUACAGGUCGCGGAAGCGCCGAGGACAAGGUUAGACUCGCAAUCGUGUACACGCUUUCGGCGACGGAAGGCAUCUUGCCGCAAGACGCCGAGGAAAUUGAAGGCGCGCUACGCGCGAGCGGAGCCAAUACAUCGGCGUUAGCGUACGUCAAGCGCAUGAUGAGCUUGAAUGCAAGUCUGAAGAAUAUGUCUGGCGGCGGCGACGCCGGUCAUCGACGCUCCAACUCGAGCCAAGGCAACAUCUUAGAGUGGGCCGAUAAGCUUUACGGUCAAAGUAUCAACACCAUCACCAAGGGUGUGAAGAACUUGCUCAGCGGCGAGCGCGUGCUCCCCAUCGCUGUCGCUUUUGACGCGCUCAUGGCGAACCAGCCCGGUCCGGAGACGGCGGAUUACGCGUACCUCGACCCCAAAGCCCCGCACGGCAAACCCGUCGGGCCUCGCGAGGGCGAUCCCGCGUUUCACGAUGGCAUCGUUUUCGUCAUCGGUGGCGGUAACUACCUCGAGUACCGAUCCCUCGUCGAGCUCAAGUCGCGCGAGCGCGCCAACGUGCGUUCCGUCGUCUACGGCUCCACUUCGCUGUGUCACAGCGAAACCUUUCUCAGCACCUUAGCCAGCCUAGGCGCCGCCGCGUCGUGA